ACACGGGCGAGGGGCACACUGGCAGGGCCAGCGGAUCAGCUAGUAUCGCUACGAUUCAAGUCUUAAAUAAUUUGUAAAAUGAAAGAAACAUAUAAUAUUUAAUAGCAUAAAUAAGUUUAAUUUCAUAAAAGCAAUAGUUUUGAUUCGCUCAAAGCUGAAUGCAUUAUAUAUUUCUAUGUAAUAUAAUAUUGAUAUGCUGUAUUCAGUACAAAGAAAUUGAGACACUGAGACAAUUUCAUAAAAAUUUGAAAUACUUGUCAAACUUAUUCUUUUAAGUGUUUCCAAAAUAUCUAUAAAUAUUAAAUAGCUUGAAGUGAACGUUAGAAUAUUUGUUUUGGACACUAAACGAUAUAUCAGCAGAUAACGCCUUCGAAAUUCGGUCACGUCCAAGUCCCGCAUCGUCUGGCCUCACUAACCAAGUGUAAACAAAAGUUGUGUUGUGAAGUUGUUUUCCUUUGGUCCAAAAAGGAAUUGGUCAUGUCGAAGUUGAGCGACACUAAGAUCCCGAUCACGGAGUUCCUGGAGGCAUACCGUCGCCAGCCGUGCCUCUACAACACACUGCUGGACUCGUACAAGAAUCGUGUGUCCCGGGAGGAGGCCUACGGAGCGAUCAUCCGGUCCCUGAAGAUACCCCAACUGACAGUGUCGGACAUAAAGCUAAAGAUCAAGAGCGUGCGUACCGUGUACUCUAAGGAGCUGCGCAUCUGGAUGCGUGAGAAGGAGCUGGGCAGGACCUACGAACCAAAGUUGUUUUGGUUUAGGUUGGCCGACUCCUUUCUACGCUCCGUUUCCCUCUCCCACUGCAAAAGGGGAAAAAAUAACAGUUCCAGUGCUCAAUUAACGACGAUCAAAUCGGAUGAGACGAGCAAGCUUCUUUGCACUGCCGCCGCAGAUAUCACUAUGAGCGAGGAUGCGCUAGAGGAAGAGGAUGCAGAGGUAAAUGGCGAGCCGGAGGAGUGUCCUUUGGAGGAAAGCAGGCCAACAGCAAGCAUCUGCAAAGAUGAUUCCACGCUCUGCCUGGCGGAUCAACCACAGCAGGAGCACUAUUCUCAGGGGUGCAGCAGCUCCCAGCAGCUUCCUCACACGAUGGCACAACGAAAAUCAAAGUACAUUACAAGUCUGGACUCGGCCGGAGAGGAUGAUCUUAUUAUAUUCGGCCAGAGCAUCGCCUCUCAGCUGCGAACCAUUCCGGAUUCAUAUUCUCGGUCCGUGGCUAAGCUGCGUAUCCAGCAGGUGCUGUUCGAGGCUGAAACCGGGCAGUUUCAGAGCACCGAGGUCAAUAGCACGCAACUCCAGAAUACCUUUUAAACCAUAAGUCUAAAUUUAAACACUGUGCUCAGUUCUGGCAAAAUCCCCAAAAAUAUGCCACCCUGGCCUAAUUUCCAGGGGAUAUUUAUCAACCCGUUUGCCAUUCAGUAUAUGUAGUCAAGCUAGUUCUAAGGAUUGACGGUUAAGUAUAAAAUGUAAAUAAAAAUGCUAUCAAGU